CGUAAUGUCGCUGUACAAGAACUGCUGUAUUGCUAAAGAAAUUAUCUCAAUAGUUUACGAAUAACCAAGAGACGUAAAGUCGGUAGCUAAUUCAGUCUGUUCGAAGCUUCUCUAGACGUUUUAUUUGGGACAGUGUUUACGGUCGCAUAGAAUAACUCCAGGAUUUUGUUUUUGAUAAGGUAAAUGUAUCUAACGUGAUCCCUGACCACGGUUAGCUUGUCAUUUUGCAGCUCUGACAGCCAAAAUGGACGAAGAACCGGAGAGAGCCAAGCGGUGGGAAGGAGGCUAUGAGAGGACAUGGGAGGUGCUUAAAGAAGAUGAAUCUGGCUCCCUCAAAGCCACUGUGGAAGAAAUUCUGUUCCAGUCCAAAAGAAAAAGAGUAUUAGAGAGCCAUGGCCAAGUGCGACUUGGAAUGAUGCGUCACCUCUUUGUGGUAGUAGAUUUCUCAAGAACUAUGGAAGAUCAAGACUUGAAGCCAAACCGCCUCACUUCCACUCUCAAGCUGUUGGAAGCAUUUGUACAGGAGUAUUUUGACCAAAAUCCCAUCAGUCAGGUGGGCAUUAUUGCCACAAAGAACAAAAGGGCAGAGAAGCUGACUGACCUGGCAGGGAAUCCAAAGAAACAUAUUGCUGCCCUGAGGAAAGCUGUGGACUCCAUUUGUGUUGGAGAGCCUUCUCUAUACAACUCUCUCAACUUGGCUAUACAAAGUCUGAAGUAUAUGCCUGCACACACCAGCCGGGAGAUCCUGAUCAUCCUCAGUAGCCUCACUACUUGUGAUCCAGCCAACAUCUAUGAGCUGGUCAAGACCCUGAAAUGUCUAAAGGUUCGUGUGUCUGUGAUUGGCCUGUCAGCAGAGGUGCGAGUGUGCACAGUGCUCACAAGGGAAACAGGGGGCAUGUACAAUGUGAUUUUGGAUGAGAGCCACUUCAAGGAGCUGUUGAUGUUCCAUGUUAAGCCUUCUCCAGCCAGCAGCUCAUCUGAAUGUUCCCUGAUUCGUAUGGGUUUCCCCCAGCACACCGUUGCCUCCUUGAAAGACCAGGAUCUCAAGCCUUCUUUCAGCAUGUCUAGCUUGGAUGGCAGCAGUGAUUCAGGCCUUACUCUCGGAGGUUACUUCUGCCCGCAGUGCCACGCCAAGUACACCGAGUUACCUGUGGAGUGUAAAAUAUGUGGACUGACUUUGGUGUCAGCCCCACACCUGGCCCGUUCCUUCCACCACCUCUUCCCCCUGGAGGCGUUUGUAGAGAGCCCAGUAGAGCAGCACCCAGGAGACAGGUUCUGUCAAGCGUGUCAAGGAGAGCUGAAAGACAAAAGCGUGUUUACCUGUCCAGCAUGCAACAGUGUGUUUUGUGUGGAAUGCAAUAUCUUCAUCCAUGAUACACUGCACUGCUGCCCCUCCUGUAUUAACCGUCAGUGUGCCCACUGAAGCCCAAAGCACCAACUGCAAACUACCCUGAAGCCUAGAGCACCAACUACAAACUACCCUGAAGCCCAGAGCACCAAUUACAAACUGCACUGAAGCCCAGAGCACCAACUACAAACUACCCUGAAGCCUAGAGCACCAACUACAAACUACACUGAAGCCCAGAGGAGUACCUACAAAGACUGACACAUACAUAGGCCAAUAGCCAUAGGGAAUUUAUUCGGUUUAGAGCAGCUACAACAUUUGUAAAGACAAUGGUGAGAUGCUCUGUCUGGUCACACAACUGAGUCUGUAUACAAUGUCUUCUCUUCAGAUUUCUUUUAUUUGAUAUUGUUUCUACAGUUCGAGCAGGAUAGUGAUGCGACUUUCAGUAAUUGAUUAAUUAGUUAAUUAAUUAUUAAGUAAUUAUAUUCAGUGCUCAAUAGAAACUCAAUAAAAUCAGAAAACGUUUACAAAGUGUAAAGUUCAUUAAGGAAUGCCCUAAGCAACCUGUUCAUGUUGUCAUGUAUAUGUGUAGAUUGUGUUGGUCUGGUGUGUUUCUGUGCUUGUCUGUUUGAUGGGUGUGACACCAUGUGUAGCGGCUGAUGGAGAGUUGGUGUGGACGGCAAAUGCUGGGUUUUAAUGCUAAAUGUAUGGGUUUUUGGGGAGAGGUAAGAAAAUUGGACAAAAAGUUAUUUUCAUAAAAUAACGUUUUUACUACUAAACAAUGGGAGGAUAGAAAAUGUUUGAAAAAUAACAUCAGAAACUUUACAACCAGUGUAAAAAAAAUUUCAAAUGUUUUCUGAUAUUUUUCAAAUAUUUUCUAUCCUCCCAUUGGUUGCUGUGCACUGUAACUAGGGACGUGGCACAGGGCAACGUAGUAUUUAUUGGCUGUGUGUUUUUUUUCUUUGUUGUUUAAUCACAUUGGCAGCUGAUGAGUGCAUGACGCACGAAACAAGCUUGUACUGCAAUGUAUUAAAGUUGU